UCUUUCACCAACCGAGAGACUUCAAGCACAUCGUCACGUAUUAGUCAAUUGCACAUCUGUGGAGAAUUUCUUCGAGGAUUUUAGGGCUAGCAGAAAAAGACAGCUACGAAGUAUUGGCAAAAGAAAUGAAGCCUACAUUGACAGGGUUGUCCAUAGAGAAUUCGCCGAGUGGUUCAAGAAUGAGGUGAAUCUUCUGUAUGGCUCUUCCAUUUAUUGUUUCGUUGAUAUCUUGCCUCCUGCUACUCAACUCUGAACAUGUAUAUUUCAUUGGUAGAUACCACUGGGAAGUACGAUGCACCCGAGAGAACUGCAGUGGCUCGCAUGUGGACCCAAUAUUCAGGCAAAGCGCUUUAAGGCGUACAAUGUCAAUGGAUUCAGGUUUAGAACCCUAUCAAGAGAGGAAGGAAUGAGAACCCAGAAUAGCGGGGUUUGUGUCACUUCUGACACUAGAAGUUAUGCAAGCGCUCGUGACAGUAACAUGGCUGUUGGUGGCGUCUCCUAUUAUGAAAGAUUGGUAGAUAUCAUUGAGCUAAAUUACAGUGGUCGAUUUUCUGUGGCCUUGUUUAGAUGUAUCUGGGCAAACACCACGUCUGGUAGAGGCAUAAAGCAAGACAUUUUGGGACACACCUAUGUCAACUUUAGUAAUCCGAUUCACACUGGUAAUCGUGAAGACGACGAGCCGUACAUUCUUGCUUCCGAGGCUCGCCUUGUAUAGUAUGUGGAUGAUGAAGUCGAUAAGGACUGGAGUGUAGUAGUCCAUGUGAAGCCGAGAGAUUUGUUUGACAUGGGUGAAUACAAUGAACAUUGUGAGGUCGAACUUUCCCUCCAACAAAGUCUAACUGAUUUGU